AAUAUUACAGAGCAAAGAACUUUCCACUACUUCUUAUCAAAAUUUUUAUUCAAUGAAAGGAAGGGAUCAUGAAGAUUACAUUGAAAACACUGAGUCUUAGCUCAUUUCUUUUCUGCAUUUCAGCAGAGGGUUUCCUAUUUCAAGACAAUCUUGGAGAUCUUUUAUCGUCUUGUAAACAAAAAGUUGAUGGUACUUAUCGUUUUACUGGUGACAGUGGACUGAUGAAAUUUGGAGAUUAUUUUGGAAUAGGUCGUGCAUGUGAUGCGUAUUAUAGGUGUGACAAUGGUGAUAUAACAAUCAAAAAAUGUCCAAGUGGAACCGUGUUUCAUGCUGAUAUGGGUGAUUGUAAAUCUGGUAACUCUUCUCUUCCACAAAGUUGUCAGUUGUAUUGCAAUCCGUAUGCAGACGAUAAGUUUCAUGAUUCGGGAUCCUUUCCAGAAAGGGUAGCGGAAUGUCCCUAUCCGCUACAAUUUUCAGAGAGAACAAAGCAAUGUGAGAAUUUCACUGACGUCAAUUGUGCAUCGCGCAGGGAAGAAAAAGAUUACUGCAGCUACUGGUACAUUGCAUAUUUGAACCGACACGGUGGAAACUGUGGUAAUGGAAAUCAUCCAAGUUGUUUUGAUCUACCUGAUGGUGUAUUUGAACAUCCUUUCGUCCAUAAAGCAUUUAUUCGGUGCUAUCAAAAUAGGUUAGUGGAGGAGGGGCAGUGUCCAGUUGACCCUCUAUGGGGAACACAAACAUAUCUCUAUAAAGGCAUAUGCACACAAAGGUUCGCUAUACCGGUAUCUGAUCCACGGGGAGUUGGGCGACUACCGGAUUGUUCUGGAGUACCAGAUGGCAGUUACAGAUUCAGUACAAGACCGUGUGAUGCAUAUUAUAGAUGUAAUAGCGGGGAAGCCAAAGCCAUCAAAUGUCCUGAUCGCACUCACUUUGACACCAAAAGCGGCAGGUGUUCUUCAACUGCUGCAUGUUACAGGGUCUAAUUAAUAAAUGUUCCUAUUGAUUAAUGGAAGUAAUAGCAAAGAUACACCAUAAAUUCUAAUAGAUUAAAUAAAAUAAUACAAUUGUGAAAAUGUUAAUUUCAACCGUAUAUGCAGUGUAAUUACAUAUGUAUACAGUAUAUUGUAUGCUAAUGUUUGUUUUGUAUGUAACAAAU